AUGGAGACUAUCGUAGAAGAAGUUACGGAUGUCGAAAAACCAAAAUCAAUUAUGGGUAUACGACAUUUACAAGUGCUGAUGCUGUUCUUGGCAAUGAUGGUGGCGCUAGGAAUGAGGGCCAACAUGAGCAUAGCCCUCGUCGCUAUGACGGAUCCAGACAAUGAUAAUUCCUUCGAUUGGAGUGCGUCCAUUCAAAAUGUGAUCAUCUCGUCAUUCUUCUGGGGCUACGGGUUCCUACAAAUACCUGCCGGCGAAGUGUCUGCCAGAUUUGGCGGGAAAGUGGUCAUCAUAUUAUGUAUUAUCAUCAACUCAAUAAUCACUCUGUUGCUUCCAACAAGCGCGUACAACGGUGAUUGGAAAUCGCUUCGCACUUGUCGCAUACUUCUAGGUUUGUCUCAAGGAUUUCUCUAUCCCUCUGUGAAUAACCUUAUCAGUAAAUGGGUUCCUUUGGAUGAAAGGAAUCGUCUUGGGACCUUAAUAUACUCAGGAGCCCAUUUAGGUACAGCAGUACAACUAAUGGCAUCGGGCUUCGUAGCAGAUAAUUGGGGUUGGCCUGCUAUAUUCUACGUAAACGGCACGUUAGGUUUAAUCUGGACUGCCAUCUAUUUAUUCUUAGGCUCAUCAUCUCCGAAGACUUCGACAAUUAUAAGUGAUAAAGAGAGAAUCUAUAUACAAACCUCACUGGGACAUACUGGUGAAGAAAAGAUAUUGCCGACUCCGUGGAAAGCUUCAAUAUUCUCAUUGCCAUUUAACGCAUUGAUCCUCGUUCACAGCGGUCAUGAAUUUGGUUUCUGGACUCUGAUGACACAAAUACCGAUUUAUAUGACCCAAGUUUUAGGAGUCGAUAUUACAGCGAAUGGUUUAAUGUCAGCGUUGCCAUACAUGGUUAUAUUCAUAAUGAGCUUCCCGUUUGGAUUUUUGUCUGAUUUUGCGCUCAAAAAGAAGUGGUUUAGUAUCACAGUAAUAAGGAAACUAUCUAGUUCUAUAGGCAUGUAUGGUCCUGCUAUAAUUUUAAUUGGACUAGCUUAUGCUCCGGCUGACGUCAAAAUAGUGCUGUUACUACUCGCAUUAGCAGCGGGUCUCAACGCAGGCCAUUACACUGGAAUUUUGUUGGCGCAUUUGGACAUUGCUCCAAACUUCGCAGGAACACUGAUGGGCGUCACGGACUAUAUCUCCAGCAACAUGGGUACAAUGGCACCGAAAGUUGCUGGUUCAUUACUUAAAGAUGAGACCGAGCCAAGGGAAUGGCGUAAAGUAUUUUUUGUGGCGUCAGCCAUUUAUGUCGCUACCAAUACAUUCUACGUCGCAUUUGGUAGCUGCGAGACACAGAAGUGGAAUGAGCCUAAACCAAAACCUGACGACAAUGGUAAGAGCAGUUAUUAA